AUGGUUGACUCCGACUCAGACAUUUUGAAUGCAAUUGAAGGAAUUGCAAGUGUAAAAUUUGAAUGGUACCAACCUAACCCUCAAGCAGUCAGACAACAUGCUGGAUACUUCCCGUUCAUAAAUAAGUCUGACAUUGACUUGACAAGGUAUGGAAUUUACAAUUCAAUUGAAACAAUUGUCAAUGAACCUUGUAUUCUUACAUGUCUCAGGAACUCUGGUCUUGUUACAGAUGAGAAGAUGAAGUAUCUUGAGUCAUGUGUGAAGACAAGGUACAUUCUCAGAGGUCAAUUGGCAAAAAUUGCACCGUUGGCAAAUGUCAAUAUCCGAGUCAACAUACCUACAGCUAAAGGUUCUUCACAUGACGACUAUGUUGUUGACAAAGACUUACCAUGGUUGAAGAUUGUAAUUGUCCACAACCACUUCAUGUUGAACGAAAGUCUUAUGUUCGGAAAAGGCAAGUGCAACAUUGUCAGAGCUGUAAACAUUCUUUUCGAGAAAGGUUUGUUGGAACCAAUUCCAGAUGACAAGCUGACAGAAACUUUUGUACCAAAAGACGAAACAAACUUUUCACUGUUAGCAAGACCAAAAGUUGUUCCAGACAAAGUUCUAGCACAAAAGAAGUACACAGUUCCAAAAGGAGUUGGAUUGUUCGGAUACCAACCUGAACCAGAAGAACUUCCAAUGAGGUUGCAAGAACUUCAAGAUGCUAUAAACAAACUUCCAUUGAGACAUCCAAUUGACGUCAAAUUGUAUUGGAGAGCAUCGGAGUUAGGUCAGAAGGUUUUAUUUGAAACAGGUUGCUUCGACGAUGUUUAUGAGAUAACAGGAGAAGUUUCUCAGAAGAUAAGAGACUCACUUGAAUUUCCACGAACUGGACCCAUUGGUUGCGACAAGUUCGACUCAGAUGAAAAGAUAUACUAUGUCGACCUUAACGCUGCAUACAUGAGGUUCGUCCAAUAUAUCCCGACUGGAAUUCCAAACGAAGACGGUGAGUUCCCAGGAAGGAACUAUACAGUUGGAAAAGUCAUACAACAACUGUAUGAUAUUAGGAAAGCUUCAAACCCCAAACUUGCAAUGACACUCAAAUUGCUUAUGAAUUCGACAUGGGGAUAUUCCAUUAAGAAACCUCAAGAGAUGAAGAGUAAACACUAUGAGAAGGUCGACAACUUUGUUGAAAG